AUGGCCAAGUUUGCCCUGAAUCAGAACCUGCCUGACCUGGGCGGCCCUCGCCUGUGCCCCAGCGUGACUGGGGGAGCUCGCAGCCCGAGUUCGCCCUACUCGGUGGAGACGCCCUAUGGCUUCCACCUGGACCUGGACUUCCUCAAGUACGUGGAGGAGCUGGAGCGCGGCCCCGCCGCCCGCCGAGCCCCGGGCCCCCAGCCCGCGCGCCGCCCCCGCGCGCCACGGGCCGGCCUCGCAGGCGCGCGCAGCCCAGGCGCCUGGACAUCCUGCGAGUCCCUGGCCAGUGACGAUGGCGGAGCACAGGGCGCUCUCUCCCCGGGCGCGCCGUCGGGGCUGAUGCUGCCGCCGCUAUCGCCGCGCGCACCCGUGCGCAAUCCGCGCGUCGAGCACACGCUCCUGGAGACCAGCCGGCGGUUGGAGCUUGCGCAGGCGCACGAGUGCGUGCCCAGCCCAGGCCGCGCGAUCCCGCGCAGCCCGCGCGGGUCCGGCCACAGCAGUCCCGCCCCCAACCCGGCCCUGGCCUCGCCCGGCCCCGCGCAACUGCAGCUGGUGCGCGAGCAGAUGGCAGCGGCGUUGAGGCGCCUGCGCGAGCUCGAGGAGCAGGCGCGCUCGCUGCCCGAGCUGCAGGAGCAGGUGCGCGCGCUGCGCGCCGAGAAGGCGCGGUGGCUUGCUGGGCGCCGGCAACCCGAGCCCGACGGGGAGGCCGAGGCGCGCCCGGACAAGCUUGCUCAGCUGCGACGGCUCACCGAGCGCCUGGCCACCUCUGAGCGCGGCGUUCGCGCCAGGGCCAGCCCCGGGGCUGACGGCCCCGACGGGUCGGCUUCUAGCCUCAGUGAGGGUGCGCUGCAGGUCCUCGAUGGGGCGCCCCAGACGCGGGAUACAGGCACCCAGACCGUGCCGGAGACUCACGAGGCGGGAGCCCAGGCGGUGCCGGAGACCCAGGAGGCCGGCGUGGGGGCAGCUCCCGAGACGCUCGAGGCGGAAGUGUGGGUGACGGAGGCUCUGCUGGGGCUGCCCGCGGCCGCCGAGCGCGAGCUGGAGCUGCUUCGCGCCAGCCUGGAGCAUCAGCGCGGGGUGAACGAGCUCCUGCGGGGUCGCCUGUGCGAGCUGGAGGAGGCCCGCGAGGCUGCCGAGGAGGCACAGGCAGCGGUGGCGGCCCAGCCCCAGCCGUGCGAGGCUGCCACCCAGACCCCGUGGGGUUGUGCCGAGAGGGCCACGCAGACCGAGCCCGCUGUGGAGGCUCCUGCCCCUACGCAGGAGAACCUGCCCGGACCCACGGAUGGGGACAGGGCAGUGGCACCCGUGGGCACCCUCAAAUCCAUUAUGAAGAGGAGAGACGGUACACCUGGCGCCCAACCCAGUCCCGGACCCAAGAGCCUGCAGUUUGUUGGGGUCCUCAACGGAGAGUACGAGAGCUCAUCCAGCGAGGGCGACAGCGACAGCGAGGACGGCGCUGCCGAGCUCCCGAGGAGCAGUUCGUCGGGCUCAGGAGACGACAGCGGCGGGGGAUCCGACUCCGGGACCCAUGGCCCUCCCAGCGGCGGGGAGGCCCGGGACCCCGAGCCGGAGGCAGAGCCAGAGCCUCAGCCGGGUGCGCAGGGGAGGUGCGAGCUGAGCCCGCGUUUGAGGGAGGCGUGCGCAGCGUUGCAACGGCAGCUGAGCCGGCCCCGCGGAGUCGCCCGCGACAGUGGCGCGGCGCGCCUGGUGGCCCAGGAGUGGUUUCGAGUGUCGAGCCAGCGGCGCUCUCAAGCGGAGUCCGUGGCCGGGGUGCUGGGUGCGGCGGUGCGCCUGGGACGUGAGCUGCUGGAACACGUGGUGAACCUGACGGAUGGCAACGGGAACACAGCCCUGCACUACAGCGUGUCCCAUGGGAACCUGGCCAUCGCGAGCUUGCUGCUGGAUACAGGGGUCUGCAAGAUUGACCACCAGAAUCGAGCUGGCUACUCUGCCCUCAUGCUGGCCGCACUCACCUCUGUGGGGCGAGAGGAGGACAUGGCCGUGGUCCAGAGACUCUUCCGCAUGGGCAGUGUUAACGCCAAGGCCAGCCAGACGGGACAGACAGCCCUCAUGCUGGCCAUCAGCCACGGCCGCCAGGACACGGUAGCAGCCCUGCUGGCAUGUGGGGCAGAUGUGAACGUGCAGGAUGCAGAUGGGGCCACAGCGCUGAUGUGCGCCAGCGAGUAUGGGCGCCUGGACACUGUCCGGUUGCUCCUGGCCCAGCCAGGCUGCGACCCCGCCCUCCUGGACAACGAGGGCACCAGUGCCCUGGCCAUUGCCCUGGAGGCUGAGCAGGACGAGGUGGCCGCCCUGCUGCACGCCCACCUGAGCUCAGGCCAGCCCAGUCCCCUGCUGCCCUCUGACCACCCCAUGGCCAAGCCUAGUGAAGGAAGCUGCAGUGACGGUGGAGAGGACCCCCCACCUCAGUGA